AUGUCGUCCCUCCCCAAUGUCCACAUCUCGACGCACCCGUCCCUGCGCACCAAACUGAGCCAGCUGCGCUCCAAAACGUCCGACUCGAAACGAGUAAAAGCCCUCGUCAACGACAUCUCACUCAUCCUGGCCUGCGAGGCCCUGGCCAAGAAUCUCGCCACCGCCCCCGGACCCAAGGACGCAACGCCGCUUGGCUUCGACUACGCCACGACGGUGGCGCACCCUCAGACGAUUUGCAUCGUGCCCAUUCUCCGAUCCGGUCUGGGCAUGGUGGACGGUAAAUAG